UUUGCUCCUGGGUGGAGAUGUCACACCUCUAGACCUCCUAGUAAUGCACAGUGGAAGUGUACAAAAGGAGAAUGUUAGCAGUCAGACAUACACAAAAGAGAAAGCAGCACAAUGAGUGGAAGAGCUAAAAGAUCAGUGGGACUUGUCGGAGCACCUUUCUCCAAGGGCCAGCCAAGAGGCGGUGUGGAAGAAGGUCCAAUACAUAUCAGAAGAGCUGGGCUACUGGAAAAACUGAAAGAGCUUGAGUAUGACGUGAAGGACUUUGGUGAUCUGCAUUUUCCUGAUUUACCCACUGAUGAACCAUUUCAAAAUGUGAAGAAUCCACGGACUGUUGGUAAAGCUGCUGAAAAGGUUGCUAACACAGUUGCGGAAGUCAAGAAGAGUGGCAGAGUAUGCCUGACCCUCGGAGGCGAUCACAGCCUGGCAGUUGGGACAAUCGCAGGUCAUGCUAAGGUUCACCCUGAUCUGUGUGUAAUUUGGGUGGAUGCCCACGCUGAUAUCAACACUCCAUCGACAUCACCCAGUGGCAACCUUCAUGGACAGCCUGUCUCUUUCUUAAUAAAAGAACUGGAAAACAAGGUGCCAGACAUCCCAGGAUUCUCGUGGGUGAGGCCAUGCCUGUCUGCUAAAGACAUAGUCUACAUAGGUCUGAGAGAUGUGGACCCCGGAGAACAUUUGAUUCUGAAGACACUGGGAAUAAAGUCUUACUCAAUGUCGGAUGUGGACAGACUGACAAUUAACAAAGUGAUGGAAGAAACCAUUGAAUACUUAGUGGGAAAGAAGAAGAGACCAAUCCAUUUAAGUUUUGAUAUAGACGGUCUGGACCCCAGUGUGGCACCAGCUACUGGAACACCUGUCCCUGGAGGACUGACUUACAGAGAGGGCAUGUACAUUACAGAACAAAUUUACAACACAGGUUUAUUGUCUUCCAUGGAUAUGAUGGAAGUCAACCCAUCGCGUGGAGAAACGGAAAGGGAUACUCAGCUGACUGUGAACACUGCUGUCAAUAUGAUCUUAUCUAGCCUUGGAAAGGCUCGGGAUGGAUUUCAUGCAUCAUCAUUGUAUCUUCCAGAUAUCAGCUAAACCUAUAGCCGUCUGAAACUUCCAUACCAUAUUCUAAUCGCUCUCUGUUAGCAAAUCAAUACGGGGUAUCUAUAAAGAGACUGUUUCGUACCGAUAGACUUUAUCCGAAAGGUUGAUGUAAAACAAUGACGUGGCUCAUUUUAAUAUCACCUCAGCAUUUAUAUUCAUUUAUCAUAAUUGACUGCAUAAAAUGGAAGAAUACAUAUGGUAACUGUGCAAAUGCAUUACAUUACUUAUCUUGUAUGUAGGCCGAGUUAAAGAGGACCUGUCACGACAAAACGCAAUGCACCAUGUUAUAGAGCAGGAGGAGCUGAGCAGAUUGAUAUAUAAUUGUAGGAAAAAGAUCCAGUAAAACCUCCUGUGAACAGCUAUCGGUACAAGAGGAAGGUGUCAUCAGUGAUUGAUAGCACUGUGUGUAUAAGUGUACAUAGAUAGCUGUCAGUCACUGGUAACACCUCCUCCCUGUACCGAUAGCUCUUCACAGGGCUGAAAAAAAGCAGAGAUGUAAAUGUAUAAAAUAUAUUACAGGUUUUACUAAAUCUUUUCCCAUAAAAGUAUAUAUCAAUCUGCUCAGCUGCUCCAGCUCUACAACAUAGUGCUUUCAGAUUGCAUUGCAUUUUGUGGUGACAGGUCCCCUUUAAAAGGGCUUUACAUAGGGUAAGGAUCUCCUGAGAAUGUUGGUUCCUGAUCAUUCCCCAGUGUAAACAUGUCCGGCAAUCAAACGAAAAAUUAAUGAACUUGUUUGUGUUUUAAAUUUUUUUUAUGCAGAUAAAAGAAUCAUCAUUG